AUGUUAGUGACAUCAUUUGAGGUAUUUAAACAGCUGCUGAUGGCUCUGGGGCAGAGAUGUGAAGGCGCAGCGGAGGGGCCUGCCUUUACGCUGUCGCCCAUAGGCCCUGCAGCCCUCCUCGGUGGUGAGCCUUGGAGCACACCCGAAUUACAGGAGAUCAGUCUCCCCAUCCUCCACGGAAUUAACCACGGACCCCCGUACUUGCAGGUGCCCUGGGGAGGGGUGUCCCGCUACCACAUAGCCGAGAAGUGCCCCGAGGAAGUCUUGCUCCUCCAGGUGAGGGCGCUGAGAAAGAGAGUGGGGUCCACAAGUGCUCUCCCUUCUAAUGAGAAGAAGAGUGCAGGUGUCGUGCUGGCCAGGAUGAUACUUACAAAUCCUGGAUGCAUAUGCACCCAACAGAAAUGGCUGUUUGUGCGCACCAAAAGACAAGAAUGUCGCAAGAAUAUUCAUAGGAACAUUAUCCUUAAUAGCCAAAAACUGGAAGCAGCUCGAAUAAGUCCUCAGACAGAAGGGGGCGCACAGACAGACGGCCAGCAGUCACAGACACAAAGUAGUGAGAACUCAGAGAGCAAAUCUACCCCGAAACGGCUGCAUGUCUCUAAUAUUCCCUUCCGCUUCCGGGACCCUGACCUCCGACAGAUGUUUGGGUUUGGCAAAAUCCUAGAUGUAGAAAUAAUCUUUAAUGAACGUGGUUCUAAGGGAUUCGGGUUCGUAACUUUCGAGAAUAGUGCUGAUGCAGACAGGGCCAGGGAGAAAUUACACGGCACCGUGGUAGAGGGCCGUAAAAUCGAGGUGAAUAAUGCUACAGCACGCGUAAUGACCAAUAAGAAGAUGGUCACACCAUAUGCAAAUGGUUGGAAAUUAAGCCCCGUGGUGGGAGCUGUAUAUGGCCCUGAGUUAUAUGCAGCCUCCAGCUUUCAAGCAGACGUGUCCUUAGGCAAUGAUGCAGCAGUGCCCCUAUCAGGAAGAGGGAGUAUUAACACUUACAUUCCUUUAAUCAUUCCUGGCUUCCCUUACCCGACUGCAGCCACCACGGCGGCCGCCUUCAGAGGAGCCCAUCUGAGGGGCAGAGGGCGGACGGUCUAUGGGGCAGUCCGAGCGGUACCUCCAACAGCCAUUCCCGCCUAUCCAGGUGUGGUUUACCAGGACGGAUUUUACGGUGCUGACCUCUAUGGCGGAUACGCAGCCUACAGAUAUGCACAGCCGGCUACCGCGACCGCGGCCACAGCCGCUGCCGCCGCCGCCGCAGCUUACAGCGACAGUUACGGCCGAGUAUACACAGCCGACCCCUACCACGCCCUGGCCCCUGCCGCUAGCUAUGGAGUUGGCGCUGUGGCGAGUUUAUACCGAGGUGGCUACAGCCGAUUUGCCCCCUACUGA